AUGUCCUAUUACGACAUCGAUGCAAUUCUCACCGACGCCCAAAAAGUGCCCUGCACAUUCGAGCUCGACGUGCCCAACCUCGGAUACCUAGAUAACAACGCCGGACACUCCCUGAAAUCCGGCACGCGCGUCGAGCUGCCCCUUUGGCUGGCCGAAAUGCUCGCCGUGUCCUCACCCAACUCCACCAAAUCCCUCGUCACGCUGGACCUCCCCCCGUCUCUCGCACCACGCGUAAUGAAUGCUUUAAAGGCCGAUCCCAAGAGCGUAGAUCUAAGGGCUCUGGCGCAGAACUUCUAUGGGCUGGGAGCACGUAUAUUGGAGCUGUUUGAGGAGGAGGAGGUGUGUGAUGUUUUAAUGGAGACGUUCAGGGCGAGGGCCGCUGAGAUCUCGGAUCAUGCAGGUAAUGCGGGGGCGAGCCAGAGGAGUGGUGGCGGGAGAGUGGGAAAUGAUGGGGUUGAGUUCUUGAGAGGUUUGGAUGAGAUGGAGAGGGGGCUUUUCAGGGCCGCGCACGACAGUGCGAAGGCUAUGAGGACGUGGGUGGCCGAAGUGAAGAAGGGCUGA